UUCGCUUUGUUUCUCCCAUCCCGAGUGGUUUAAUUUCUCUGAUAUUUACUUUGUAGGUUUUCUGUUCACGCAAACAAGAUGCAGAUCUUCGUUAAGACACUCACCGGCAAGACAAUCACCCUCGAAGUCGAGAGUUCCGACACGAUCGACAACGUGAAGGCCAAGAUCCAGGACAAGGAAGGGAUCCCACCGGACCAACAAAGGCUUAUCUUUGCUGGGAAGCAGCUCGAGGACGGCCGAACCUUGGCCGAUUACAACAUCCAGAAGGAGUCGACUCUCCACCUCGUCCUCCGUCUACGUGGUGGGAUGCAGAUCUUCGUCAAGACCCUGACGGGUAAGACGAUAACCCUGGAAGUCGAAAGCUCCGACACCAUCGACAACGUGAAGGCCAAGAUCCAGGACAAGGAAGGAAUCCCGCCAGACCAGCAAAGGCUUAUCUUUGCUGGGAAGCAGCUCGAGGACGGUCGAACUUUGGCUGAUUAUAACAUUCAGAAAGAGUCGACACUUCAUUUGGUUUUGAGGCUCCGUGGUGGGAUGCAGAUUUUCGUUAAGACUCUGACAGGGAAAACCAUUACUUUGGAGGUGGAGAGCUCGGAUACCAUUGAUAAUGUUAAGGCAAAGAUUCAGGACAAGGAAGGGAUUCCACCAGAUCAGCAAAGGUUGAUAUUUGCUGGGAAGCAAUUGGAAGAUGGAAGGACUCUGGCUGAUUACAAUAUUCAGAAGGAGUCCACCCUUCACCUGGUCUUGCGCCUUCGUGGUGGUUUCUAAGCUCCCUAUGGGACUGGAUUGGGUUUAUGUGAAAGGAUUGUGUUGUCUGGCCCUGUUGAGGCCUUUAAAUUUAAAUUUGUAAGUCUUAGAUCUGUCUGCCUCUACUUUAUGUAGUGCUUUUUUUUGAAUAAAAUUUGCAUAUUUACUGCUA